AUGCCAUUCGAUGCUAAAAGUUAUGAAAAGUAUGAAUUUUACUCAGUAACUGAAAUAGAAGAAGGAUUUAUUCAUGUACAAUACAACAAUCCAAAAACUUUAAACGCAUUUACUGAUAGAAAUUGGUUAGAUUAUGGAGAAAUAUUUACUAGAUUAGAUCAAGAAGAUAAUGUAACUUUAAUAUUGGUUUCAUCAGGAGUUCCAAAAUCAUUUUCUUCAGGUUUAAAUUUGAAGGCAGCAACCGCAAUGAUGAGUAAAAAUGCUGAUAAACCAGAAAAAGAGCAAGUUGCGGAAUUACAUAAACAUAUUCGUGAUUUUCAAUAUAACAUAUCAGCACCAGCAAGAAUCAGUACUCCAACCAUUGGUAUACUUAAUGGUAUUAAUUAUGGUUUAGCAUUAGACAUGUCAAGUUGUUAUAGUAUUAGAAUUGCAGUUGAAGGUGCUCGUUUCUCAAUUGCUGAAGUUAAUAUAGGUAUUGCUGCUGAUAUUGGUUCGUUACAAAGAUUACCAAGAUUGAUUAACAAUAAAUCAAAAUUGAUGGAACAUGCAUUAUUAGGUGAUGUUUGGGGACCACAAGAAGCUUUAGAUUUAGGAUUUGUUAGCACUGUUGUAAAAUCCAUUGAUGAAGGUAUAGAAUUAGCUAAAGAUAUUGGUGAAAGAAUUGUUUCUACACCUGCUUGGGCAAUUAAAGGUACUAAAAAGCAUAUCCAAGAUAUAUUAAACGGUACAACACAUGAACAAGGUUUAAAGGAUAUUGCCGAAUAUAACUCAGUUAAUAUUACUCGUUCAAAAAUGAAAUUAUAA